GGGAAGCACUUCCGGGUUUGCGUCGAGUGCGCGUUCUCGGCGAGCACUUCCGGUGCUGUUUCCUGUGUUUGUAAACUGUAGCUCGCGCUAGCUGAUGUGGACGCUGCGAUAAGGAGCCAGUUUUUUUUAGCCACAUACCAAAAGCCUAGAAGGACAGGACGAAAACCGGUGCCAGAUGAUAGCAGUGGGCGUGUCCUAUUGUCUAUUGCAUCAUCCUGAGUGACAGCUCCUGGCUCCUCCCCUUGUCCCUGUCCUCUUCUGUGAUGUCACACAUACCAACCACCUCGGUCCGUGACCAUAUGAAAUGGGCGGGGCUGCUCGGAUGUGAAGCCGUCCUCUCCAGCAUGGCUCUGAUGCAGGCCAGCACCAUUUCUGCUCCAAAGAAGAUGAUGACAUCACUGGCUCCGCCCCCUGUUCCGGGUUCCACUCAGAGGGACCCGCAGGGACACAUGGGCUUAACGGCGGCCAUGACCUGUCCUCCUCUGCUUGUCCGUAAAGAAGGCGACAUUCACGCCCCUCGCCUGCUGGACGAGAAGGAAAUGCGACCGAACGAGGACAUGCAGCUGAAGAAGAAGAACAGGAAGUCGGGAACGCCCUGUAAAGUCCGAGAGCAGGAGGGGAAAGGAGGGAAGGCUGUCGUGGUGGACGAGAACGGGAAUUGUCCGCUUUCCAAAGUGCAGAAGAACUUCAUCUGCGAUCACUGCUACGGCGCCUUCAGAAGCGGCUAUCAUCUGAAACGACACAUUCUCAUUCACACCGGGGAGAAGCCAUUUGCUUGUGCCAUAUGUGACAUGAGGUUUAUUCAGCGUUACCACUUGGAGAGACACAGCCUCACUCAUACUGGGGUGAAACCGUAUGCUUGCACCAUGUGUGACAUGCGGUUUUUCCAACGUUACCACCUUCAGAGACACAGCCUCAUACAUACGGGGGUGAAGCCCUACGCUUGCUCCAUGUGCGACAGGCGUUUUUUCCAACGCUACCACCUGCAGAGACACAGCCUCACUCAUACGGGGGUGAAGCCGUAUGCUUGUUCCAUGUGUGACAUGAAGUUUUUUCAGCGUUACCACCUGCAGAGACACAGCCUAACCCAUACGGGGGUGAAGCCGUAUGCUUGUUCCAUGUGUGACAUGAAGUUUUUUCAGCGUUACCACCUGCAGAGACACAGCCUAACCCAUACGGGGGUGAAGCCAUAUGCUUGCUCCAUGUGCCAUAUGAGGUUUUUUCAGCGUUGUCACCUUCAACGACACACUCUCACCCACACGGGGGUGAAGCCAUUUGCUUGCACCAUGUGUGAUAUGAGGUUUUUUCAACGCUACCACCUCCAGAGACACAGCAUCACCCAUACGGGAGUGAAGCCUUACGCUUGUUCCAUGUGUGACAUGCGUUUUUUCCACCGUUACCACCUGCAGAGACACAGCCUCACUCACACGGGGGUGAAGCCCUAUGCGUGUAACAUGUGUGACAUGCGUUUUUUCCAACGCUACCACCUGCAGAGACACAGCCUGACCCAUACGGGGGUGAAGCCGUACGCUUGCUCGAUGUGCGACAUGAGGUUUUUUCAACGUUACCACCUCCAGAGACACAGCCUCACUCAUACGGGGGUGAAGCCGUACGCUUGCUCCAUGUGUGACAUGAGAUUUUUCCAGCGUUACCACUUGGAAAGACACAGCCUCACUCACACGGGUGAGAAGCCGUUUGCGUGUGAUAUGUGCGACAUGCGCUUCAUCCAGAGAUAUCACCUGGAGAGACACAAGCGCGUACACAGCGGCGAGAAACCGUAUCAGUGUGAGCGAUGCCAACAGAAUUUCUCAAGAACAGACCGGCUGCUCAGACACAGGCGGCUGUGCCAGGGAAGGGGUGUGGCUAAAGUGGAGGCUACACCCUGCUGCGAGCCCCGCCCAUUUUCUCAAGACCCACUCCCGGCUCCGCCCCCAGCUCCGCCCAACACCUGGAGUCGACUCGCAGUCUGACAUUCCAUCGCAUUAACCUGCACGGAAUCGGAAAAAAAAACUACGUACACACUCCUGGCUCUGUGACUGCCGCCUCGCACAGUGGUGGAGAAAAAAAUAAAUAAAACAAGACUGAUGUUACAGAAGGCGAAAGCGAACGAAUGAAACGCUUCUUUACCUUAUUUGUGCUAUCGAUUAUUUUAAGAGAGGGACCUGUUUUGGAGGGUUUUUUUUUUUUUUUAUAUACGUUUAAACAAUUUAUUCACUUUUUCUUUUUUUAAUUUUGUAACAGCGAUUCAGCCAUUUUGUUGUUUUGUGGCUGACGGCAAGAAAAGUGGCUCGAUGGAUGCGAUCGUGAUGAAACAGCAUUUCACAAAACUAUCUGCGGGUUUAGCGCGACGCGUUUUGUCAAGAAGUCGACAAAUUAAAAUGUCGACAAAAGACGUUUCGUGCAACGUGAGCUGCGUUUCGUCUCCAGAUUUACAGAGUUGGGGAUUUACGAAGAUUUUUUUUUUUUUCUGGAUCAGUCUCCAGAUUUCGUACGUUCAUAUUGUUAUUCUUCUCCGAUUUAACUGCUCAUGCUUGAUAUCAGUGCUGUGUGUGUGUGUGUGUGUGUGUGUGUGUGUGUGUGUGUGUGUGUGUGUGUGUGUGUGUGUGUGUGUGUAAAUAAAUAACUACGUUAACUGAGUUUUUACUGUAACACUCCUCUCCACAUACACACUCGCAUUACUGCUACGUAACGUGCUAGUUAGCCAUAACGUAUGAAUCAUGAUGGUGAGCAAAUUGAAACGUUUUAAGGUCAGACUUCAGAAGUUCUUUGCUAAUCGAUGCUAGUCAACUGAUUCUGGGGCCAGGGAGUGUUUUUACGAGCAACGCUGCGCUUCCUUCGAUCAUCGGAUCGCUGGCUUAAAAAUGAAAAUACAUUUUAUUUCCCUACACAUUUCAGUUUUUCAUCUUUUCACGGCGCAAAAAAUCUCAUCGUCGACGACGGCGUUGUUCUGGACGUGUUGCUAUUUGAAGGAAGGAAGGUUUGUUAGCAAUGAGCCGGUUUCCAGUUCUUCAUCUUUAUUUAGCAAUAAUACUGAUAAUAUUCGAAGUCCUGAUCAACAAGUUGAGAUGGUCACGCUGUUGCCGUGGUGAUACGACGAAACCCCUGACGUCGAUUCCAGUCCUGCGUCUUUUUAGUGCUGGAAUAAAAGCGAUAUUUGGCUCACAGACGGAUGUUCCGGGGUUGAAACGGCGGCGCGGUUCCACGCUGGGCGCCAAGUCAGCGUCAGAGCCGUCGUCAAGACUCUUAACUCCAAAUCGCUUCGUCCAAACACACAGUUUCCCUCAGUGUGAAAUAUAAUCUACAGGUUUACACGUUUAAAGACUCUGUAACCUUCACGAGUGAUGCACAUCCUUUUGCGCUUUACUGCGACGUCGCCGCUUCCUGUCCGAGUUUGUGUUUUUUUUCAUCACUAUAACUCUCUAUCUUGCUUAAUGGAUAUCGUGCUGAAAGAUCUCUUAGAGUAAUAACACAGUGACUACAAAGACUACGCAUCCCAUCAUGCAUCUGUUCACAGACUGACCGCCUUCAGCAGGAAUUGGAAAUACGGAGCGACUUCCUGGAACUGUUUUCUGUGAAGCAGAAAGACUGAAGGUUCAUGACAUGACUAUAUUAUUCAGAAAUUAUUUACAGCUCUGUAUCAUGCUUUAAUUGCAGUUUGUACCUUGCUUUUGUUUAGUUUUUGUCCUGUUUUGUGUACGUGUUGGUCAAUAUUAACACACUGAUAUAACACACAGUCCUUCCUGACAAGAUCUGGCAACCCGGUGCCUGGUGAGGACGGAUCGGGAACUAGGCUUGUGCCGAGAUUUGAUUUGAUUUGAUUUUUUAAAAAAAAAAAAUACAAAAAAAAAAAACAUUGUUUAAAAAAAAAAAUGAAAUAAUCUGGAAACUGUUUUCCGCAGUCGGAGCGACAGAGUGAUGAGAAAAUACUCUACAUCGUUUUUUUAUUUUUUAAAUGCUAAAGAUACUCCAUGAUAACAAUACUGUGUUAAAUAUCGUGAUGUUUCGUGUCACUGAUUAUCGGCACAUUCCUAUUAACAACACAAGCCGCUUAUUUUUCUCACUGAUUAUAUUUCAUUUAUGUUUCAUGUUAUAAAAAUAUAUAAAAUAAUGGACUACAACAGUUUUAGUUCUGUAGCAACAUGCUGUGUAUUUUUUAAUAUUUUUUAUUUCUAAUAUAAAUUUAAAACACUGGAGUGAAAAAACAAACUAGACUCUUUUUUUUUAAUUUUCUUUUUUGGUUUUUUUUUGUUUGUUCUGAUAUUAAACAUAGCGUGUAGUUGUUUAGACAAAGCCGUCUCUUCGGAACCAAACGAUUUCCUCACGCUGCCUCCGUAACGUUCAUGUAGGGAUUUUUAAAAAAAAAAAUAAUAGAAACGUUUCCCAGCCCGGUGUUUUAGUGAAUUCUGUUUAGAAAUAUUAGAGAAGAAAGAAACUGCACCAGUCGUAGCUAACAGUAGUUCUGUUCUCUUGCAUGUCCUGGCAGUUAUCACUGUAAAAAAUAAACUUUAUAUUGAUUUUUGUUCUUUAAAAAAAAAAAGACAUGUAUUGAUGAUUAAUGUAAAAUGAAUCCAGACCACCUCGUGAUCCGACUUUGUUGUGUGCAGUGAGAAGAGGGGCUUUCAUUACACCGAAAUAAAAUCUCUCAAACGAAA